AUGGUCCUGACCUCUCCCCUGCCUGCUCUGUUUCUCUUCCUGGCAUCGGCGGCUUCCUUCCCCAAAGACCUGGCUCCCUUCCACGUGGUCAGCGAGGCAGGAACCUAUCUCUAUCCCUCCUUCCGUGGCUUAACGGGAGAGAAUGACUCCGACGCUUUGGGCCUGGACUUCCAAAGCAUGUUGCAAAUUAACCAGACCCUCUUCGUGGCUGCCCGGGACCACGUCUUCGCUUUUGACCUCGGACAGACCACAGGCAGUUUCUCUCUCAAGAGGCAUCUCACCUGGAAGACCCAAGACAUGGAGAACUGUGCCGUCCGCGGGAAGCUUCGGGACGAAUGCUACAACUACAUCAAAGUUUUGGUGCCCAAGAACGACCAAAGCCUCUUAGCUUGUGGCACCAACGCCUUCCAUCCGGUGUGCCGGACAUACAAGAUCAGCGACUUUCAACAGGAAGGCGAGGAGAUGAACGGGCAGGCCCGAUGCCCGUUUGAUACCAAGCAGACCAACGUGGCCAUCUUUGCCGACGGGAACCUUUAUUCUGCCACCGUAGCCGACUUCCAAGCCAGCGACACGGUUAUCUACCGAAGUCUGGGCGAGCGCAGCCCCGUUCUGCGGACGGUGAAAUACGACUCCAAAUGGUUACGAGAACCUCAUUUUAUUCACGCCCUGGAAUACAAGGAGUACGUCUAUUUCUUCUUCCGUGAGAUCUCCGUGGAAUACACCACGCUGGGGCGGGUGAUCUUUUCCCGCGUGGGGAGGGUCUGCAAGAACGACAUGGGGGGGUCCCCUCGGGUGCUGGAGAAAUACUGGACGUCGUUCCUGAAGGCUCGGCUCAACUGCUCCGUGCCCGGGGAUGCCUUCUUCUACUUUGAUGUCCUUCAGGCCGUCACCGACAUCAUCCUGGUCAACGGCCGGCCGGCCGUCUUCGGCAUCUUUAGCACCCAGUUCAACAGCAUCACCGGCUCAGCCGUCUGCGCCUUCUACAUGGACGAAGUGGAGAGGGUCUUCGGCGGGAGAUUCAAAGAGCAGAAGAAUGCGGAUGCCGGCUGGACCCCCAUCUCCGAGGACAAAGUCCCCACACCCAGACCUGGCAGCUGCGCUGGGGUUGGCCAAGCCUCGGGGUACCGAACCUCCAACGACUUUCCCGACGCCACGCUGAGCUUCAUCAAGUCCCACCCCCUCCUGGACGAAGCCGUGGCCUCCGUGGCCGAGCAGCCCUGGUUCAUCAAGACCUCCAGCAGGUACCGCCUGACCCGCCUGGCUGUGGAUGCCUCCGCCGGCCCCUCCCGGAACGGCACCGUCCUGUUCCUGGGCUCGGAAGAGGGCACGGUGCUGAAGGUCCUCUCCCGGCCCACCGGGAACCACACGGUGCAGACCCUCCUCCUGGAAGAGGUCGCCGUCUACCAGCCCUCCCGGUGCAGCGUGAAGCGUGAGGAUCGGCAGAUCCUGGGGCUGCAGCUGGACAAGGCCAACCACGCCCUCUACGUGGCCUUCUCCGGGUGCGUGGUGCGGAUGCCGCUCAGCCGCUGCGGGUCCCACGGCACCUGCCGCAGGAGUUGCCUGGCUUCCCGGGAUCCCUAUUGCGUUUGGCUGCCCUCCGGGACUUGCGCAAACUUCGGCAAUCAGGAAAUCAGAAGCGGAUUUGAGCAGGAUCUGGAGAACGCCGCCAAGCCCUCCACCAGUUGUCAAGAUGGUGUGACAUCCACAGGGGAGCACGACAGCCUCAGCGACUCGGCGUAUGGCGUGAGGCAGGAGCCGGAGGCGAAAGACGGCGCCAGGUCGGUCCACUUCACCUUCCUGAUCGGCUGCGUCUUCGUGGCCUUCCUCCUGGGCGCCUUCCUCUCCGGCCUGCUGGUCUCCUGCUACUGCAGCCACAGCCUGCAGCGCCCCAAGCACCCGGGGGGCAAGGACCCUGAGAACGGCAUCCAGCGCCCGCUCUCCCUCCGCAGCCUGGCCAAGAUGAACACCCUGCUGGAGGGCGGCCAGGCCAAGGACGGGCUGGUGGAGACGGCCGCCCCCCAGCUCUACACCACCCUGCUGCCCAGCGAGAAGGAGCUGCCCAGUGCCCCGGCCAAACCAGGGGUCCGGGAGCACCCCGAGCUCUCGGCCUUGCCCACCCCGGAGUCCACGCCCGAGCUGCCGGUCAAGAACAUGAAGGCCAUCCGGAACCAGUGGGAGAAAAACCAGAACUUCAACAACGCGAAGGAUGCCCAUGGGAAGGCCCUGCCCUUCCACGGCCCGGUGCCCAACACCUUCUCUUUCUCCGGCCCGGGAGGGGUCCCCGGGCACCUGCACGGCUACGACGCCCCCCUGGGGGGCUACCUGGACGAGAAGAAGAUCCCCAACUCGGAGCGGGUGCUGGUGCGGCCCGCCCCGCUGCCCAAAGGCAUGGAGGUCACCACCCUGGAAGAGCUGCUCAAACACCUCCACGGGGCUGGGGCCUCCGUGCCCGCCGCCUUCCCGCCUUCGGCCGUGGCCUUUGCCAACCGGGUGCAGCCGAAGGUGCCCAACCUGGAGAGCGCCCCGUAUUACAACGCCUCCACGUUGCCUCGCCGGCUGGACAUCCCUCCGGACGCCCCUUUACCGGCGGGUCUGGACAAAGGGAGCCGCUCCGUCGCCCACAGACAUUCCCUCUGCGGCGCCCCAAAGCUGGUGAACGUGGGUGGGGGCGGUGGGGGGCUGCUGAUGCGCCAGCACAGCCUGGGCCAGGCGGGGAGGCUGCCCCCCGCCCUCCUGACCCGCAUGCACUCCACCGGCAGCUCCGUGCCCCACGAGGGCCACCACGCCAUCUUCCUGGCCCGGCAACACAGCUACGGCGACCAGGGGCCGCUGCCCAACCACGGGGGCGGCAUCCGGCGGUCCGUCUCACUGAUGAAGCCGGGCAUGGUCCCCCAGCCUCUCUUCCAGCCUUCUUCUCCGCCCUCCCAGCCCUCCGGCCCUUUCCACUAUUGA